AUGGAGCCUCUGCCAUUGCUGAGCUGCUUGCUGCGCUCGCCGGAGCCGGAGGCACCGGAGAAGAAGCCCGACCUGGCCGGGCAGGAAGAUGACGUUGAUGACAUCGCCGUCGCCUUGCACAUUGGCCCGCCGGAUUCCGCCAAGGGCUUGCCGAUUCUAAGCGAGACUAACGCAGAAUUAGCGGCCACCCAGUACUGGAUUCCCACCCCCACGCAGAUACUCGUCGGCUUCACCCACUUCUCCUGCCAUGUCUGCAACAAAACCUUCAAUCGCUACAACAAUCUCCAGAUGCACAUGUGGGGGCACGGAUCGCAGUACCGGAAGGGGCCGGAGUCGCUGAAGGGGUCGCAGCCGCCGCGGGCGAUGCUGGGGAUCCGGUGCUACUGCUGCGAGGAGGGGUGCAAGAACAACAUAAGCCACCCGAGGGCGAAGCCGCUCAAGGAUUUCAGGACGCUGCAAACGCAUUACAAGCGGAAGCACGGGACGAAGCGGUUCGCCUGCCGGAAGUGCGGGAAGUGCUUGGCCGUCAAGGGCGACUGGCGCACCCACGAGAAGAACUGCGGCAAGCGCUGGCUCUGUGUCUGCGGCUCCGACUUCAAGCACAAACGCUCCCUCAAAGACCACAUUCGCUCCUUCGGCUCCGGCCACGCCCCAUUUCCGGCGUCCUACGACGGCGUUGAUUUGCAUGACGGUGCCACGCGUUCUUUCUUCGUUUAA